AUGCAAGCCUUUAUCCAAAAGGAAGCACAAGAAAAGGCUAAGGAAAUCCGUUUGAAGGCCGACGAGGAGUACGAAAUCGAGAAGGCUUCGAUCGUCAGAUCUGAAACCGCCGCCAUCGAUGCUGCCUACGAACAGAAGUUGAAGAAGGCUUCCUUGGCUCAACAAAUUACCAAGUCCACCAUCGGCAACAAGACCAGAUUGAGAAUCUUGGCCACCAAGGAAGAAGUCUUGGAGGAAAUCUUCGAAGAAGCCAAGAAGGAGUUGAAGAAACUCACUUCCAACAAGGGUAAAUACAAGCCAGUUUUGGUUGGAUUGAUCGAAGAAGGUUUAUUAGCAUUAUUAGAAAAGGAAGUCACCAUCAAGGUCAGAGAGGCAGACGUUGCAUUGGCCAAGGAGGCUGCUGAAGAUGCUGCCAAGGCAUUCGAAGAGAAGUCCAAGUUCGCUGUCUCUAUUACUGUCAACGAAGACGACUUCUUGAGCAAGGAUGUUUCCGGAGGUGUUGUUGUGGUCAAUGGUACUGGUAAGAUUGAAGUCAAUAACACUUUGGAAGAAAGAUUGAACAUUUUGAAUCAAGUUGCUUUGCCUGGUCUCAGAUUGGAAUUAUUCGGUCCUUCUGCUACCAGAAAAUUCUUUGAUUAG